GAGCAAAAGCUCCAUGAUACGUACUGGGUCGGGCUUCAACAACAAUCCGGGAGAAGUCUCUGAAAGUAACGUGGAGAGGGACAGCAAUGGCGACGGUGCAGGCGGUGAUGGGGAACCUGACGAUGGCGGAGCGGGGAGUUCUGACGGCGGUGAAUACCGGCGGGUCGAGCCUGUCGUUGUUGGGGUCCGGAUUCAUAGUCCUCUGCUAUUUGCUCUUCAAGGAGCUCCGAAAGUUCUCCUUCAAGCUCGUCUUCUUCCUCGCCCUCUCUGAUAUGUGCUGCAGUUUCUUCAGCAUUAUUGGGGAUCCUUCCAAAGGGUUCUUUUGUUAUGCACAGGGUUACACAACACAUUUCUUCUGUGUAGCCUCUUUUCUUUGGACUACUACAAUUGCUUUUACCCUUCACCGAACUGUUGUUAGACAUAAAACUGAUGUUGAAGAUUUGGAGCCUAUGUUUCAUUUAUAUGUUUGGGGAACUUCAAUUGUCAUGACAGUUAUUCGCUCUAUUGGCAAUGACCAUAGGCAUAUAACUCGCCUAGGCACCUUGUGUUGGGCACAAACAGGGCGUGCAGGAAAGGUAGUUCACUUUGUUACUUUUUAUGCACCUCUCUGGGCUGCAAUUCUCUUUAAUGGAAUCACAUACUUUCAAGUAAUACGGAUGCUUAACAAUGCAACUCGUAUGGCAGCCGGCAUGUCAGAUGCUCGGCCAGAUAUGAAGGCGAUGAAUCGAUGGGGGUACUAUCCACUUAUCCUUAUAGGUUCGUGGUUUUUCGGUACAAUAAAUCGCAUUCACGAUUUUAUUGAGCCAGACCACAAAAUAUUUUGGCUCUCAGUACUUGACGUUGGCAUGGCUGCACUAAUGAAAUCUGUACUUUUAGUUCCUGAGGUACACAAUCAAUUGCCUGAAGUCCUGCGCAGAUGGUUCCCCAAGAGCUUGAGGUCAAGGGGGGGCCAACAGCAAGAGAGUGAACUAAUCCCAAUAAGAGUUGAGAAUCACCCAUAGUCUAUACUUGUGAAGAGUGAACUCUAGUUCCACUGCCAAAGUGAUUGGGGAGUCCUAAAGAGUGAAGCUACCCGUCCUGUUUCUUUCGGCUCUCCCUUUGUAAAGAGAGUAUAAAUGGUCGGCUCCCACUCUUGAAUGUUUCGUUCAGUUCUUCUCUUCGGUUUACGGAUGUUUAAAUCUGAACCAAUCUCCUCUGUUUGGAGCCGGAUCACGGGAUAGUUGUGGUUUUCUGAUCUAUUGGGCGAUUCAACGGUUUCCAGUUUUUCGUCACUCUUUAGAAGGCAUCUGCAGAUGGAUAUGGAAAUAUGGUGACAAACUGAUGAUCAAGAAUAGCAAGGAUCUUCAUUACUGAUAUAUCUGUAGUAGUGCUUUUGUUUAUGAAUUGUGAUUAAACCCAGUUUAGGGUAAAAUUCAGCUUGCAAAAGCUAUCCAUGAAGUGUUUUUUGCAUUUAAAAAACCUGUCCCAUUGUGUUUGUUAAGUUUUACUCAAUUUUGUAAAAAUUGUGUUUUAUACUAAUAGUAAAAUGAUUUUAUUAGG